ACAGAAUAAAACCCUAAAUUACAAUUCUCCGUCUUCCCAAACUCUUCUUUUUCCAACUCGCCGCCUCUGAAAACUCACAGCGCCACCGUCCCUCAAAACUUUUGGUAAUGGAGCAUAAACUAGCUACUGCCGAGAAAAAAAUGCUAGUAGACUUGGUGAAGCUAGUCCAGAGACGUGGUUUAGAAGGCGAAAAUGGAGGAUGGAAGGAGUUUUUGAAUGUUUACGACAAAAAGUUCGGGUCGAGUUUGAGUGAUCCUGCGAGACGUUCCAAUGAUGUUUUGGUUGCUUUUCUUAUGUCCUUCAAAAAGAAAGAAGAUAUGCAGUUAAUAGCUAGGAUCAUGCAAUGUGGUGCUAAUCGUGAUCUAAUUGAGAAAUUCAAGGAAGAAUCACCGGCUAAAGAGACUCCUGAGCAGAGACUAGUUCGAUUGACUAUUGCGCAUUACCAGUACCCUACAGCCUAUUCCUUCCCUUCUCAUUCCGAGGAUUGGUAUGUAACUUCGCUUGGUAAGAAGAAGUCUAAAGUGGUUAAAUCUACCAGAAUGCUUGCUAUUGAUUGUGAGAUGGUUACCUGUGAAGAUGGGACCGACGCUGUAGUUAGAGUUGGCGCUGUGGACCGCGACUUAAAGGUGGUUCUUGACAAAUUUGUGAAACCGGACAAACCAGUUCUUAACUAUAAGACGGAUAUUACUGGAGUUACUGCUGAGGAUCUUGAGAGAGCUACUCUAUCUGUUACAGAUAUUCAGAAAAAAUUGCGGAGGUUUCUUUCUGUAGGAACUAUUUUGGUAGGGCAUGGUUUGCAUAAUGAUCUUGAAGUGUUGAGGAUAGAUCAUGCGAGAGUAAUAGAUACUUCAUUUGUAUUUGAGUUUGCCAAUGCACCAAAGCAUAAGAGACCUUCUUUGAACAAUCUAUGCAAGUAUGUUUUAGGUGAAGAACUGCGAAUGGCUGAUGCUGCUCACAAUUGUGUUCAUGACGCAGCAGCUGCCAUGAAACUUGUACUUGCUGUUGUAGAAAGAGGAGUAGAGACUACAAUUCAACGAACUCCAGAAAUGUUGGAGGCUGAGAAGGCAAGACAUGAGGCAAGACAAGAAGCUGGUAAGACACAACUUCUCCUUCAUAAAAUCCCUCCCCAUGUUUCAUCUCAAGAGUUACAAGGAGUUCUUACCGGUGAUUUCACCCUCGGUGUUAGGCCACCACAAAAACUAGGAGGUUUCUAUACUGCAGUCGUUGAUUUUAGUAGUCCAGAAGAAGCAAAUCAAGCAUUUGAAAAUGUACAAGCAGACAUAGGGAAGGAUAAAGGGGGUUUGCCACAAAAAGAGGUUGCGUUUCAGCUGAGUUCAGGAUUAAAAGCUAAAUUAUUUGUUCGUAAAAUGGUUCAUGAUGAAAUAUCUGCACCAAAGAGAGCUAGAACAGAGGAGGAGAAUAAUGAGAGUUCCUCUAAGAGACAAAAGAGAGAAGAAGAUGAAUCUGAGGAGAUCAAUGAAGCAGUUGUAAACCAAAGAGAGGCUGAUAAGAAAAAGCUCCUCCUUCAUAAAAUCCCUCUCAGCGUCCCGUCUGAAGAGUUACAAGGAGCUAUUUCAGGAAAUUUCACACUUGAAACCAUGCCAGCAAGAAGAAAAGGAAGAUAUUAUAAUGCAGUUGUUAGUUUUAAGAGUGCAGAAGAAGCAAAUGAAGCAUUUGAAAACGUUAGAGGAGACGCAGUUAAGGAUCAAGGGGGUUUGGCACAAAAAAUGGUUGCGUUUAAGCUGAGUUCAGGAUCAGGAACUUGUUUAUAUGUUCGUAAAAUGGUUCAAGAUGAAUCUGAGGAGGAGGCCAAAAAGGAAAAUGUAAACCAUUGUGAGGAUCAUUUAAAGGAAAUUGAAGCACUGAAGGAAAAACUCAAAGCUAAGGACUUCGCGAACAGCUCUGAAGGUCAGUCAAAGGAAAUUGAAGAACUAAAGCUGAAACUCAAAGCCAAGGAACAUCAGAUCAUAGCUCAGGAUAAGAUUAUAGCUAACCUCAAAGCGAAAUUGGAGAAGAAACAGUCAAAGUGUUGAUCAUGAUUCGAGAAAGUUCCGGAGUUCACUGCACCUGUUUUUUGAUUUUGAGUAUUAAAUUUUGGCUAAUUUUAAGGUUGAACAGAAUUCUGAAACUAUUGUAUGCCAAGUUUUGUUUUAGAGCUAAGUAUCGAUUUGAAGAACUCGAAACAUCCCACAUGAUUUUGUAUUGUAUACGAUGAAGCCAAUGCACACUUAA